GGCGCGGUGUGGGGGGCGGGGCGGAACUGCUCCCGGGGUUAUAGGUCAGGGGUCAGAGGGUGACGCCGCCGUGGGCCGCGCAGUGACCCUGGGGGCUGGGACGGACAGAGGGAGGCAGGAGGCGGCGGGGGCAGGCCAGGAUGACGGGCAUGGCCGACAACCACCGGGAGAGCUGGGCGGGGCUGAUCGCGGAGGCCGAGCGGUACCGGCGCCGGACGGGGAACGAGGUGGUUCUGAUCACGGCUUACCGGGCCCCGCAGCCGGGCGGCUUCGCCUACACCCAGCACGGCUGCGGGGCCCUGGGCGACGCCACCCGCCGCUACCUGGAGGACAUCGCCGUGGUCCACAAGACCACGGCUUUUACCUAUGCCGCCCGGCCCGCACCUGCCCCCCGGCCGCCCCCCAGCCCCUACUCCCGCAGCUGCCCCCCCCAGGACCCGCCCACCAGCCCCCACUGGAUCGCGGGCGCCCAGGGAGCCCCGGCUGAGGCCGUCGGGGGGCAGGAGGAAGAGGAGAAAAACAUGCCGGCUCCCAGGGAGAUGGAGUCACCGGGGAAGCAGCAGCCCCCCAGCGACACCACGGGUCUCUUUGUGAUGGACGAGGACUCCCCCAGCCAGGACUACGAGCCCUUCUUCGAUUCGGACCCGGAGAGCACUGACGCACUCGUCCCCCGACCUGGAGAAGAUCGCGGCCAGCAUGCGGGCACUGGCCCUGCGUGGCUCCGACGGCACCGAGAUGUUCGGGGACCUGCCCCGCCCCCGCCUCAACACCGGGGACCUCCAGAAACUGCAGCGGAAGUAUUGACCUCCCCCCGCUGGGGGAGGGGCCCCGACAGCGCCCCCUCCCUUGGACACUACACCCCCCCCAAUGGCAGGGCAAGGGGGAUUUCCCCCCCCCCCCCCCCCCGCCCCGGCCCCAAACAGGCCUGUGGUGACAGAGGCUCUCUGGGACGCCGUGAGCCGGUGGAACUACCUGCCACCGCAUCUAAGCUGCGGGGGGAUAUUAGCUGACUGCUCACGCUACAGGAUCACGAGGGUUGCGGGGAGAUGAUGGGGGGGCCCUGUGUCCCUCCCCCUCCACACUCCAUCCCCUCCCACAGCAGCAGAUGUGGUGGGGAGCCCCUCCGGUCCCCCCAGCACUACAGCUACUGAGAGGGGAGCACCCCCGAUGCCCCCUCCACACACUACAGGGGACACUGCCCCCCCCCCCCCCGAAAGUGUCUUAAUAGAUUUUUGUAAGGCCCUCCGUUUGCACAUGAGCUGUUCCCCCGGAAAGGGGGGGCAGUUUCCCCAAACCCCCCUAUGGGGGGGGGGCUCUGCUGUCAGCCUCCAGGAGAGACUUCUCCCCCCUGCACCCCAGAACUGACACCCUAAUUUUUGGGGGGUGGAGGGAACUGCCCCCUCCUUUGAGAGGACAGGCAGGGGCUGGCUUUCCGAGCCCAGCCUCGGUACCUGACCCCAGAGGGUCCCUGGCCCGGACCCCCACCACCACCCCUUCUUUUGUACCAGAUGUUCAGGGGCCCUGGCCCUGCCCCUUUAUUUUUGUCCAAAGAUGAUUGGUGGGUCAGGGCGCGGGGAGCCCCGCCCCUCCAUCCCCUUGUUGGCCAAUAAAAAGAUGCCAACUUUUACCAGCUUCA